AAGCAGUGAUCUAGUCUGAACCCUUUACCUGCUAUAGUCACCUGCCCAGGUAGGGCGGGCUGUGCUUUAUUCACACAAACACACACAGGGACACAGGUUGGCUGGCUGUUUCCAUCACAAACAGGUAAUGAAGAGAAGCGAGCUCCACCGGUUCCUCUAGCCUGUCAACACGGAGCACAGCACAGUUAGAUUUUCCAGGGAAUGAGUUGGAGCAAAUCACCACGUGUCUGAAAGAAGACGUAGGAAAAAGAAGACCGAAAAAAAAAAACACACACACACCAAAGCUCCUGACCUGAAGAUGCUCUGAUUCCGAAGACCUAAAAGUAAAAAGUGAGCGACGAGCAGAAGAGCUAAAGCAGUCUACAGAGGGUUGUGUUAAAGUCAGUGUUGGUGGCUGAGACUAAAACAUGGCCAACUUCAAAGGACACGCAUUGCCUGGUACAUUCUUCCUGCUGUUUGGCUUGUGGUGGUCUAUGAAAUACCCCAUGCGACACAUCUGGCAGAAAAGACAGCAAGGCAGCAGAAAAAACCUGCCUCUGUUCUUCAAAAGGAUAGACCUUAUCGAGGGGGUUCUGAAGACCUUCUUUGCUUUUGUUGGCAUCAUGGCAGAGCAGUUUGUGCCAGAUGGACCUCAUGGUCACCUUUAUAACGGGGAGUGGGUGAAGCUGAUGAACUGGCAGCACAGCACCAUGUACCUCUUCUAUGGCAUCUCUGGCAUUGCUGACAUUCUCAGCUCAUCCCCACUUCCUGUCCCAGCAGGGCUUGACCGCCUCUCCCUGUCUGUGGCUCUCUUUGUAGAAGGGUUCCUGUUUUAUUUCCAUGUACAUAAUCGGCCUCCUCUGGACCAGCACAUUCACUCUUUGCUGCUGGUGGCUGUGUUUGGUGGGGCAGCCAGCACAAUGCUUGAGGUGUUCUUGCAAGACAACACUCUGCUUGAGCUGUUCAGGAGCAGUUUGGCCAUUAUGCAAGGCACCUGGUUCUAUCAGAUUGGUUUCGUGUUAUAUCCUCUGAAUGGUGAAGAGUGGGACCUGGAGAACCAUGGCAACAUCAUGUUCAUUACUAUGUGCUACUGUUGGCAUUAUGCAGUUGCUUUGCUGAUUGUGGGGAUCAACUACAGUGUGGUCUAUUGGAUCAUAAGAAGGUUUGGAGAGAGGCACAGGGCGGAUAUAGAGAUCAGCCUCAGAAAAACCAGCCACCCUGACUCCUCCAGUUCACAGAAGGCUUUGCUGCAGGAAUCAGAUGAAGAAUAGACAGAGUCCUGUGACCAGAUGUGAAGAAAUCUGAAGAGAUAUAAAUAUAUACAGCAUAAAAUAAACUGACACAAUGCAAAUUUUAUAUACAGUACUGUGCAAAGGUCUUAGGCACCCGAGCACAUUAUUGAAAACUAUUUAUCUUGUCAGCAAGUGUGUUUUCGCCUGUAAAAACACCAUAUUUGAUUAGAAUAAAUGCAAAGAAGCAUAUAGUCACAAGAAUUCAGGUCACAAAAAAGUAGUUCAUAUCUUGUGAGCUGAUUAGUAAAACAAAGUUUGGUUUGACAACCACAACCAUCAAAUAAAUGUAUUACAUUCGAUCACUAGCACACCUGAUUUAACUCAAGGAAGCACUGAUUAGCCAAAACUGGUAUAAUUGGAUGACCACAAAUUAUACUGGGCUGCCAAGUGGACAGGCUUGGAAAUGGUCAAGUAAACAAGAAAUUUCAUAUUAGAAGCAAAUACUGGCCAGUUAUAUUGCUUUUUAAUUCUGAUUUUUCCCAGGUGCCUGAAACCUUUGCACAGUUCUAUGGGGGUGUGUGUGUGUAUAUUUCAUAUUGUAUAUAUAAAGACACAAACACACAAGCCAUAUGUAUAUCCUAAUUAGUUUAUAGGUAUAGAAUAUUGAAUACUGAUCAGUCUAUGCACAAUGAACUAAUCAGGCGGGGUGUUCCUUGAAGUUUGUAUGUUUGUUUAAUAUGCCAGAUAAGCAUGUUUUGGGGAGGACUCUGAUAAGGCUCUUUAAUGCACUGAUGCCUGUAAAGCCUGUUAUUUUUGUACAGUUGUGCAAGUAAAUAUAAUAUAGUAAAUAUAGUAAGAAAAUUUUUUUAAACAGUAAGUUUCUAAGUGCACUUUUUCCGAGGGGUGGAAAAGUGCUUGGUUUCUGAGUAACUGGAGUAUCAGGCUUAUUUCAGGUAUGUCUUGUCAAGCCUCUCAAUAAGAAGCAAUUCCUGCUGCAAACCAGACAGACCUGCUUCUUCUUUCAAAAUGUGAUGCAUGUGUGGGAUGUACCAAGUGUACUUAACUUUUGUUUGCUGGUCAGCUUAACAUACAAACCGGAUUCCAAAAAAGUUGGGACACUAAACAAAUUGUGAAUAAAAACUGAAUGCAAUGA